CCUGAGGUGGUUUCCGGGCUUUCUUCGCGCUGGGGCAGCGGCUGCGGGCUUGGCAGGAGGCUGCUAGAAGAGGUCCCCCCCCCAUCCCAGACCAACUCUCGCGCCAGCGGUUUCCCCAAGAUCCUGACGACUAGAGGCCUAGAUCCAGGCCGGCGACCCGGCUUCCGGAGGCGACAGGAUCCAGGAUUCCCCCAAAGCGACCAUGGCGGCCCUGGGCCCCGGCAGCCAGAACGUCACCGAGUAUGUCGUGCGAGUUCCCAAAAACAUGACGAAAAAAUACAAUAUCAUGGCUUUCAAUGCCGCGGAUAAAGUGAACUUCUCCACCUGGAACCAGGCUCGGCUGGAGCGAGACCUGAGCAACCAGAAGAUCUACCAGGAGGAAGAGCUGCCGGAGUCGGGCGCGGGGAGCGAGUUCAACCGCAAACUGCGGGAGGAGGCCCGCAGGAAGAAGUACGGCAUCGUGCUCAAGGAGUUCCGCGCCGAGGACCAGCCUUGGCUGCUGCGCGUGAACGGGAAGGCGGGCCGCAGGUUCCGCGGCAUCAAGAAGGGCGGCGUGACGGAGAACACCACCUACUACAUUUUCACGCAGUGCCCCGACGGCGCGUUCGAGGCCUUCCCGGUGCACAACUGGUACAACUUCACGCCGCUGGCCCGGCACCGCACGCUCACGGCCGAGGAGGCGGAGGAGGAGUGGGAGAGGAGGAACAAGGUCCUGAACCACUUCAGCAUCAUGCAGCAGCGGCGCCUCAAGGAUCAGGACCAGGACGAUGACGACGAGGACAAGGAGAAGCGCGGCCGCAAGAAGACCAGCGAGCUGCGCAUCCACGACCUCGAGGACGACCUGGACAUGUCCUCGGACGACAGCGACGCCAGCGGGGACGAAGGCGGCCGGGCCUCGAAGGCCAAGAAUAAGGCGGCCUCGGCCAAGACGGCCAAGAAGAAGAAGAAGAAGAAGAAGGGCUCGGACGACGAGGCCUUUGAGGACAGUGACGACGGCGACUUCGAGGGGCAGGAGGUGGACUACAUGUCGGAUGGCUCCAGCUCAGAGGACGAGCUCCCCAGCAAGGCCAAGGCCCCGCAGCACGAGGAGGGCCCCAAGGGGCUAGACGAGCACAGCGGGAGCAGCGAGGAGAGCGAGGAAGAGAAGCCGGCCGAGGAGGAAAAGGAGGAGGAGGAUGACAAGAAGGUGGCCGCCCCCCCGGCCGCAACCGAGAAGAAGCGCAAGAGAGACAGCAGCGAUGAGUCUGACAGCUCCGAGGACAGCGACAUCGACAACGAGGCCUCCUCGGCCCUGUUCAUGGCGAAGAAGAAGACGCCCCCCAAGAGGGAACGCAAACACUCGGGGGACAGCUCCCGGGGCAGCAGCAGACCAGGGACCCCCAGCGCCGAAGGGGCGCCCACACCCUCCACCCUGCGGGCCGCCGCCUCCAGGCUGGAGCCGGGCAAGAGGACCCAGGAGACGCCUGCGGCCAAGAGACUCAGACUGGAGGCCGGAGCCCCGGGCCUGGCGGGGAAGGGCCCCCUGCAGCCUCCCGCCAAGGCGGCGCCCAGCGGCGGAGAUAUCCAGGUGACAGAGGACGCCGUCCGCCGCUAUCUGACCCGGAAGCCCAUGACCACCAAGGACCUCCUGAAAAAGUUCCAGACCAAGAAGACGGGGCUGAGCAGCGAGCAGACGGUGAACGUGCUGGCCCAGAUCCUCAAGCGGCUCAACCCCGAGCGCAAGAUGGUCAACGACAAGAUGCACUUCUCCCUCAAGGAGUGAGGGCCGCCUGGCCCCGCCUUCCUGCCACCAAUAAACAG